CGGCACAGGGCAGAGUAGGAGAGAGAAAGCUCGUAGUGUCCAUCUCUUUCUCUCGCUCUCUCUCUGUAGUCUCUGCGCUCUCUCUGGUAUCUCUUCUCUAUAAAUAUCGUAGCAGAGCCUCCUUCGUUCGAAUAAAUCGGUGCCCUGUUAAUAAUUUGGCCUUCGCGUACUGUUUUUGUAAGGAUUCCUACCUCUGUCUCUGGUUCGACGUGUCGUUUUCCCGCUGUGAAGAGAUAGGGAACUCCAAUGGAUACUUAUCCGCUGCACAUGGCCAUGGCGGCUCUCAUAGGGGCCUCCGUCGUCGCUGUUUCCGCGUAUUACAUGCACCGGAAAACCCUAACUCAGCUGCUUGAGUUUGCCAAGACUGUGGAGAGGGAGAGGGACCGGGAGGAUAGCUUGGAGGUGGACUCGAAGAAGCAGCGCAGUCAUGUGCGCCGGAAGGGGAGCGGUUACAAUCGGCGGGGCUCGGCUUCUCUGCCGGACGUUACUGCUAUUUCCAGCGGGAUUGAUGGCGAGGAGAAGCGAAGUGCCUCGGUGCUGCUGGACGUGAUUCCUGCUGGGCUGCCGAGGCUGCACACACUUCCUGAAGGGAAAAAUUCUACAAAGAGAUCAAUCAGGCCCACUUCACCGAAGUCGCCUAUUGCAAGUGCGAGUGCCUUUGAGAGUGUUGAAGGAUCUGAUGAUGAUGAUGUUGAUGAUAUGAACGAGGAUACAAAAUUAAAUUCAGCAUAUCUGCAUACUAAUGGAAGUGCGAAUCCUGAAUGUAAAGGCAUAUUUGAAAAUCUGCCCGACCACAUUAAUGCCAGUGGAGAACAGAUAGCCUUGGCUGCUUCAAGUAUGAUUCGAUCUCAUAGUAUAUCUGGUGAUCUUCAUGGUGUUCAGCCUGAUCCAAUUGCAGCUGAUAUUUUGAGGAAAGAGCCGGAGCAAGAGACUUUUGUACGGCUCAAAAUUACCCCAUCUGAGGUACCAUUACCUGAUGAAGUUGAAUCAUAUCUUGUUCUUCAAGAAUGCCUUGAGAUGCGAAAAAGAUAUGUAUUCCGGGAAGAUGUUGCUCCAUGGGAGAAAGAAAUCAUAUCUGACCCCAGUACACCAAAACCUAAUCCAGAUCCAUUUCAAUACUCUCCGGAGGGCAAGUCUGAUCAUCAUUUUGAGAUGGAAGACGGGGUCAUUCAUGUCUAUGCAAACAAAGAUUCGAAGGAAGAACUUUUUCCUGUUGCUGAUGCAACCACCUUUUUUACUGAUCUUCAUCACAUACUUAGAGUCACUGCAGCAGGAAAUAUUAGAACUCUAUGCCACCAUCGACUGAACCUUCUCGAACAGAAAUUCAAUCUUCAUCUGAUGCUUAACGCGGACAAGGAAUUUCUAGCUCAGAAAAGUGCUCCACAUCGUGACUUUUAUAAUGUCAGGAAAGUUGAUACUCACGUUCAUCACUCGGCAUGCAUGAACCAGAAACAUCUCUUAAGAUUUAUAAAGUCCAAGUUGAGAAAAGAGCCUGAUGAGGUUGUAAUAUUUCGGGAUGGUACAUAUUUGACCUUGAAAGAAGUGUUUGAGAGCUUGGAUUUAUCUGGGUACGACUUAAAUGUUGACCUCUUGGAUGUUCAUGCUGACAAGAGCACAUUUCAUCGCUUUGAUAAGUUUAAUCUUAAAUACAACCCCUGCGGUCAAAGUAGACUCAGGGAGAUUUUCCUAAAGCAGGAUAAUCUAAUUCAAGGCCGUUUCCUUGGCGAGCUGACCAAACAAGUGUUUUCUGAUCUUGCCGCAAGUAAAUAUCAGAUGGCUGAAUACCGGAUAUCUAUAUAUGGAAGGAAGCAAAGUGAAUGGGAUCAACUGGCCAGUUGGAUAAUUAAUAAUGAUUUGUACAGCGAUAAUGUCGUAUGGUUGAUCCAGCUGCCACGACUUUACAAUGUGUAUAAGGAAAUGGGUAUUGUGACUUCAUUCCAAAACAUUCUUGAUAACAUCUUUAUUCCGUUAUUUGAGGUGACGGUAGAUCCAGAUUCACAUCCCCAGCUGCAUGUUUUCUUGAAACAGGUUGUUGGUUUGGAUUUGGUUGAUGAUGAAAGCAAGCCUGAAAGACGCCCUACCAAGCACAUGCCGACGCCUGCUCAGUGGACGAAUGUGUUCAAUCCCGCAUUCUCAUACUAUGUCUAUUACUGUUAUGCCAAUCUCUAUACAUUAAACAAGCUUCGUGAAUCGAAGGGAAUGACCACUAUAAAUCUUCGUCCACAUUCUGGAGAGGCGGGUGAUAUUGACCACCUUGCUGCAACUUUCCUAACUGCUCAUAGCAUUGCACAUGGAAUCAAUUUGAGGAAGUCUCCAGUGCUUCAGUAUUUAUAUUAUCUAGCCCAGGUUGGUCUGGCUAUGUCUCCACUGAGCAAUAACUCCCUAUUUCUGGACUAUCACCGAAAUCCCUUUCCCAUGUUCUUCUCUCGUGGUCUUAAUGUCUCUCUUUCUACUGACGACCCUCUUCAAAUCCACUUGACAAAAGAACCUCUGGUGGAAGAAUAUAGCAUUGCUGCUUCGGUGUGGAAGCUAAGUUCUUGUGACCUAUGUGAAAUAGCCCGCAAUUCUGUCUACCAAUCAGGUUUCUCUCAUGCUCUGAAGUCACAUUGGAUUGGAAAAGAAUAUUACAAGAGAGGACCAGCAGGAAAUGAUAUUCAUAGAACGAAUGUGCCACACAUUAGGGUGGAAUUCCGUGAUACGAUCUGGAGAGAGGAAAUGCAGCUGGUUUAUCUGGGAAAGGCCAACGUUUCGGACGAGAUUGAAAAAUGAAGAAUGACAGGGAAAUGCUUUAAACCACAUUGGAAUAUUUAUAUGUCUAUUGAUGGUGGUUCGAAGAUUCAAUUAUUUGUUGAUCGCGCCUCAACGAAGGAGCUGGGUUUUGAUUCAUCUGGUUGUGAAGGGACGAAGUUUAUGUGUACAUUCUCCAAUCCUGGAAAUGGAGAAAUUACAAACGGUAGCGGAGGGUUCGUCUUGCAGAAGCUAUGAUAUGGGCAUAAUUUUACAUUGUUCAUGUGACAAACUUUUUUUCUGGAAGAGAUUGACACUUUAGAUCUCGAAGGACAAUACUAAUAUAUAUAUAUAUACAUACAUAUAUAUAUAUAUAUAUAUGUACGUAGCUUAAAUAAUCUUAAUGUUGGAAAAUAAUAAGGGGACGUAACAAUAAAGUUAGUGUUUUCCCACGGUUGGAAGGGGAAAAGGCUCCCUCUAAAUCCAUUUUUGACUAUCUUUAGGUUUAUAAAUUUUAAUUUAAGCAUUUGCUCGUAA